AUGGUGAUGGUCGAGAUUUGUGGCAUUCCUAUCGACUUUCCAUUCUUACCAUACAAUUCACACGUUAUUUAUAUGGAGAAGGUGAUGUUGGCACUUACAUUGAAACAGAAGGCUAUUCUUGAAAGCCCUACAGGCACUGGCAAUCCAAUGAGUUUGAUUUUAUUAAUUACACUCUGUUUUCUUUACGACAUUAGCAUGGCGUCAACAGCAGGGACAAGUCAAACUGCUGUACGAAAUGCGCCUAAACGUCCUGAAGGCUUGUCAUUAGCGUACGAAGGCGACAGCAGUGACAGUGAGGCACUACAGCUUCCAAGGAUUAUUUAUUCGUCACGAACCCAUUUGCAGCUGAAACAGGUGGUACAGGAGCUCAAGAAUACGUCGUACCGUCCCAUUAUCGCAGAGCAUUUAUGCGUGAAUGAAAAGGUGUCCAAGUGCCAGGGGAUAAAACAAAACCUUGCAUGUCGCUCGACCUGUAAAGACAGAAGAACUGGUGACUACGGCGUUGGAUCGCGAGAUGGACUGGGUGGCUCUGGGAUUCCCACCCGUGAUGCACACAAUGUGGAAUCGAUUGCAAGCGAAGCCGCGUCAUCUAGUUUUUCAUCAAACGAUAUUGUGGCUGCAUUCCAGAGGGGUCUCAAUAAUUUUCCGGUGUCUUUGAGUGUAGGGUUUACAAAGCCGGGGGAGUACAUUUUUGAAUGUUUCGAGCAAUACAAUGUAAAUUUCAAGACGUGCCCGCUUGUCCUAAGCACGUUGAGGAGAUGGUUGAAAGUGGUGCACGGUGGAGGCGAUUCCCACAGAGCUGCAUCAAAACUUGAUUCCAUGUUUUCGUUUUUGGGCACAAUUUGUCAACGAGCAAGGAGCACCAUUUGA